AUGACGGAGCGAACCCCCGGUCGCGCUGCGCAUCCCUACUCAAACCCCCCUACUCCCCAGCCUGGCGAAAGCCAAGAUGAUACCCAUGAGCUCGCAACUCCCCGCACGCGUCGUUCGGCGCGUUUGCAGACGCGUAAACCAGCCGCGCCCGUCAGCGUCAACGACUCCGCGACGCCGGUACAGAACGCGCCCCGGAUGCCUAGAAACGACGCGUCUGGGGACGACACCACGCUGGGGAGCGGUAACUCGUCGGGGAACGACGCGUCUGACGACGGCGACGUGUCCGGGAGCGACAACACGCUACUUACGCGUCCGUGCAACGCGUCACAGUCCGACGACGUGCUCCAUACCCCCACCUCAUCUGUCCCGCGUCUCGCUGCCACUAGUACACGCCACGCACUUCUUGUGAACCACGCCGCUCGUGCAUCCUCCGCGGCCCCGGGCGGGCAGCCGUCAUCUCCGCUGACGGAGCUCACAUCGGACGUCGAGUGGCAGACUGGGUCUGCCUACCGUGUCAAUGCGCGGUCCUCGCCGCGGCCUGAAAACUCCUCGCGCCGCGAGCAUCACUUUGAUAUACCGCAGCUCACUGGAGCGUUAGCGUCGCCGUUUGCGUAUGAUCGUGAUGUUACCCAUGUCCCCAGCACCUCGCGGGUGCUACGUGAUAUUACCUCCGCUGUGCAUGAGCGGGUGGGCGAUGCAGCCGGUCAGCGUCGCUCGCGUACCCCUGAGGAACGUCUGAGCUCUACGUCCACCUCGCAAACGGUCUACACUCAGGCUGAGGAGGUGUCUGGCGUCCCUCCGGCGCCUCGUAAUGUCUCUGCUGAUCUCCGUCGCGACGUUCCUCGCGACGUUGGCUCCGACGUUCCUCUCGACGUUGGCUCCGACGGUUCUCGCAACGUCGAGCCUGACGUCCCUCGCGACGUUGACGCGAACAUUCAUCACAACGUCGGGCGCGGUGGUCAUUGUGACGUUGGGUCCAAUGGCAAUCGGAACGUCAGAUCCGACGUUCCUCUCGAUGUCGAAACCGACGGCGACCACAAGGUCGAGAACGUCGUUCGCCAUGACGUUGAGAACAUCGCCGACCCCGACGCCGAGAACAACCCUCGCCACGCCGUUGAGGCAAGCGCCCACGACCAUGCUGGGACCAACGUUGUCUCGGACGUCAAGACAGGUGUCCUCCACGACGUCAUGGAGGGUGUUCGCCGCAACGGCACCGCUGAGGCUGAAGGCCACCUCGUCACUCAGUACAACGGCGGCACCAAUACCACGUCGAACACCGAGGGCGACCCUCUCCGCGUUACUAGCACCGCCCCUCUCCCCUCUAUCCAUCCAUACUAUGUCGGCCAAGAUGUCCACCGCAACGACGGCCGUGACCAUGUGCCCUCCCAUCCGGGCAACCUCUCUGCUCCGCAUGACGCCCACCCACAUCGCAGUGCCGGCCCCUAUCCUCCCUACAGCCCACUUCCCGAGGCACUCUCGUACGCCCACCACGACAGUGCUGGCUACAGCCAGGAGUCGAUCGACCCGCACAGUGACGCGUCCGUACAGUACGAGGCAGGUGCGGACCACCGCGGCGGGUAUCCAAGGCCUCGCCCGCAAAACGACCGCUCGAACAAUCAAGACGAAGUUCGGCCCAUCAGUCCACGGGACGAUGGCAAGAACGUUGCGCAGAACGUCGAGUGGGACGUCAGCCUCAACGUCCAACGCACGGAACGUGUGGAUCCUCGGUUCGACUUCAGGUCGAACGUUCCUCGCGGACCCGACAUUGUCCAGGCCCAGGACGAUAUGGUCAAUGCCGCCCCCGCUCGCGAACACCCCGUCGACGAUCUCAGACUUGUCUCGCACUGCAUCGCCCCCGCCCCUGCAGCUUUGGCAGGUCCAUCCGCUUCGGCUCAUCUGCACGACCAAGGGGUCACGCUCUCCGAUCUGACGGAGGACGUCGACGACGUCGCGGACGAUAUCGAGCUCGACGCCGAUAUCGAUAUUGAUGCGCCUCGAGUUCCGGGCCGCAUCUCGAACGAGAACCAGCAGAUACUCCGUGACGCGUUUGAUAGCAUGUACGAGAAGAUUAAGGAAGUUUCCGCCAUCACCGGGCAGGCCAAAAGCCAAGUACUUGACCAGUUCUUCGCCACGACCCACACUAGGGUACAUCUUAAGCACAACGCCUGGAAUACCUACAGCACGUACUUCACGGCGAACAUGGAAGCUGAGAUUGCAGCGCUUCCCAACGCAGAACGGGUCCUUCAGGAAGCACCAUUCCGCAACAGCCGCAUGGUGCGGAAGGCGUGCUACGUUGCCUUCAAGGCUCGUCACGGCGCGAAGGCUUACGCCAUCUUGGACAAGUUCCGUUCUCUCGAGGAGAUGGUCGCGGGGCAGAAUCAGACUGUCGCGCAGCGCCGCACCGAGUACCGGAAGAAGUUUGCGAAGCUCAAGGAAAUGAUGGACUCGUUCCAGACGAUCUACGGCAUCAGCGGAGCCUUCGCGCUUCUCGGCAACGUUGUGAACUCCGAUGCGGCACUCGCGGAUGUGUAUGAGACACAGGAUACGCGAGGGUUCUUCGAGUCGAUCUGCCGUACUGACUCCGACGGCGUGAUCGCGCACCUCAAAGCACAUGUCUAUAACAGAGUGUCGCUCGAUAAUGUAGCCCUCGCUCACGGUGACAAAGACGUUGCGUCUCCGAACGUGCCCGGCCCGUUGCCGAAGAAGGCUAGCACUGGGCGCAAACGGGCCACUAAGCCCAGCAACUCUCAGUCCGCAAAGGGAUCCUCCGGCAAGGCCAACAAGCAAGACACCAACAGCGAUGGUGAUGGCGGCGCCGACAACGGUGACGACGAGGACAACGAAGUUGACGCCAAAAACGACGACGACGACGACGACGAGAGCGACGACGACGACGACGACGACCUCACCAUCAUCAAGGAUCGCCCGAAGUACAUCAUCAAGCGGUUCCGCAAGAUGCUCAGGGCGAUCAACGCCGGCCACAUUAUCAGCGAGUCUAUGUUUCCGUGGAAGAAGCUACUCAGGAACUUCGCCGAAGGCGGGGUGGUUAUCAGGAACUGGCCCGAGAAGAUCCCGCUCCCUCCCCUCCCGAAGAGUGCGAAGCAGCCCGCGCAGACCAAGACCAACUCCUACUCGAGGGGCAUAGCCGGCAUGCCGACUGCGCUCCAGGACGUCUUCAUCUCCGCCCUUCGGGAUCCCGACCUCCCGCUUCGUUUUGAGCGAUACUCCGGAUCUAGCUCCGAUCUGCUGCGAUCGCGAAAGGCCGUGAUCCACGGUGCGCCGCCUACGCCGACUUCCAAGCACAAGGCUGGGCGACGCGUGUUCGUGAACGGUACUGUCGAUCGUCAAGGGGUGCCGCGGCUCCUCAAGGCACCGGAGAGUGAUGCAAAGAAGACCGGCUCGAAGACGCUCGCAUCCGAGGCCAAGGAGGGGGACACUCCGUCGCCCGAGACUGCCGUUGCCUCCGUACCUGACGCGGAGCCGGCCGCAGUUUCUUCCAGCCAGAAGACGCGUACCCGCCAAUCCAACCCUACGACCUCCGGCCGCCGUCAUGUCACAGUACUCAUCCAGACCACUCCGAACAGACGCGCACCGCGACCCCCGCCUAACCCCUCCGAGAUCCUCGGGGUGGAGUCCUCCGCCGACUCCGGGGACGAGUACAUCCCUUCAGACAGCGCCGCCCGUCCGCCUCAGGGCAAAAAGAGGAAGGCAAGACAAGAAUCGAUCACAUUGCUAUCAUCCGACUCUGGCUCCGACAGCCUACCUGCAGCGCCCUUCUCCAAGCGUCCUGCCGCCGACACGAAGGGCAAGGCUAGGGCUGACGACGUUGGGCGCCGUACGCUUACGCCCCCUCCGUCGAAGCCCCACCCCAAGACCGACAUCAACGAGCGUGUUGCACCUGCGCCGACGUCGCAUGGUGCUGAGGACGCUCACAGGGCAAAGCAGCGUCGUGUGGAGUCUACGGAGGCCCACAACGCGCGAUCUGGGGCCACAACGGUAGGGGUACAACCUACACGCCCCCCCUCAUCAGUCCCCAUCCGUACGCCUCAAGACGCGCACAACAUGCGACCCGGUGACCUUCAACCAGCCGAGCACCCCUCCACAACGGCGUCGCAGGCCGAGAACACCGACAUGAAGCCUCCUGUCGGCCAGCAACAUCUCCAGAACGCCGAUACAACGAGCCAACUGAGCGGUAGACCGUAUGGUACCGCAGGCGAAGGACCCGGCCAAGAGGCAAGUCAAUAUACAAUCCCCGCGCGCGGCCUUUACGUGCCUGAGGGGAGCGCAAGUGGCCCGGUCGUAACGCGUGUCGGCGAUCAGCGUGCGAUGGACGUCGAUGGUUCCUCGCGCGGUCCUUCGGCCGCGUCCAUCGGCACUGAUCCCAACCAGCGCGAGUACGUCAUGCAAGCCCCUCCUAACAAUCAUGCCAACUGGUACCCGCCCUCCGACGCACGGGUUCAAGGGAACAACGUGCCGUACGCUCGCGAUCCUUCCGGUGCCCGCCCUCCCGCCCUCGUUACGCAUGGUACCAGCGGAGGCGGUGCUGACAGCCUCGGUCAAGGGGUGCCCGCUACCCACACCCAAAUGCGGAGGGAUCUUGGAGAGCUCCCGCCUGCUCAGGGUGCGCACGGACAACGGGCGAUGUUCCACGACGAGGAGCAUGCUGCAGCGCCGCCGCCGCCGCCGAACUACGGCCACUACAACGCCGGCAACCAGUACCCCUAUGGGUAUCACUACGCCGAUGCCUCGCCGGCCCGGUACCCUCCUGGCAUGUAUCCGCCCGGUCCCUACCCCUACCAGCCUCCUUCGAACACGUACGGCUACCCCGGCCCCGCUGGUUACUCCAGUGGCUUCCCACAGCCGCCGCCGCCCCGGGGAGAUCCCCGCUACAUACCCUCGCAGCAAGGCAUCGCCCAUCCGACAUCCCCGGCUGUCUAUCACCCCCCCGCGCCGGGCUAUGCCAAUGUCCCACCUGCAGGUGUGCCUCAUCGUCCUACGGCGCCGUCGUCACCCUCGUGGCAGGGCGCGCCCCACCAUGCUGCGGCGGGUCCUGCGCUUGCACCUCCGUUGCCCAUGUCAACUCCGAGUCAGCAACCCGAGGCUGGCCCGGGUUACUUCGACGCAGGGGAGCGUCGGGGAGGGGCGCGCGCGCCGUAG